AUGUACAAUCAACUUCUAGCAUCGAAACGAAAGUUUGAUGGCCAAAACCCAGAAGUGCAAAACUUGCUUUCUCUUUCUAUCGUUCAGCAGAACGACGGUAGCAGGAUCUCUGGGUCGUACAAUCUCCAUAAUAACACUUCUUCCUCAAACGCCUCGAACCACCUGGAAAUGAACGGCGGUGACUUUCGAAGUAGGCAAGGGCAGCAGGGCGAGGCAUCGGAAGACUAUGAGCCCUACACAAGCACGAAUGUGAAUGAUAAUCAUGACAGUGAUGAUCCGCUCUUUUCUGCUCCCAUAAGACAGAUCAUUGAUGACUAUGAUGGAGACAUGGAUGCGUCAAGAUCUCCGGCAAAGAGAGCCAAGCUUCAGCAUCAGCAGGAGCAUUCAGGAGGACGACUGACUCCACCACCCAGUCCUCCCAACUCUGCCUUUGUCUUCUUUUUUCGGAUACAACGCGAAAACCUCUUGGAAAAGGCAAAGACUGGGGGCACCAAGUUUCAAAACACCCAACAAGUCGUACAAGAAAUUGAAAAGGAAUGGGGGCUUUUGGCAAUGGAUGAACGCAGAGUGUACGAGCAACUAGCGGCGAAUGAUGAAAAGCGGUACCAGCGAGAAAUUGAAGAGUACCAGAAUAAGCGUCAACAACAUCAUCAACAACAACAGCAUCAGCAGCAGCAUCAACAUCAACAUCAAUAUCAACAACUGUCAAAUCAAGGAGAGCAAGCGUCUAGAAACAAUUUUCAAACCAUGCUCCUCGCAGGACUCCUCCCAGGCCAAGUUUCAACAGCCACAGCUACACAGCUACAGGUAAAUGCGAUUGCCCGGCUUCGGUCACCAUUUCCAACUGCAGCUGCUACAGUGAGCUCUGCUACAAAUGUCGCUCCAAGCUACCAUCACUUUAUGCCGCCAACCCAGGCAGUCGUUAAUGCCUCCAAUGCCACCUUUCCAAACAGCAAUACAAUCACCCCACCACAGAAUCCUCCAUCGGUAUCAGCUCCUCCUCCUACAACUCUAAGGAUGACCAACGGUACCAUUGUACUCCCUCCAUCCCAAUCAUCGAUUCCCUUACCCGCAGGCAUGGAGAUUGAAUUGAGUGGGCGCAUGUACAAGGUCGGAUACCAAUGCCAACUCAUGACUCGUGAAGAAGCUCAAAAGUACGUCAAACCGUAUACAGCGGCUCAGAGUGAACUAUUCAACAUGCAACAACAACAGCAGCAGCAGCAGCAGCAACCACCGUUACCUUCUCCAUAA